GAAUUUUGUAAAAGUUACUUGCUACUUUAGAUUUGGUCGGGUAUUGUUAGUGACUGAUAAUAAUAGUUUUCUACUAUACUUUAGUUACAGUUGUGGUGUCUCAUAAAACAAUGUAUGGAUGGAAGGAAAGAAAAGGUGGAUUAAUUUCACUAGCACUUCUUGCUAACGUUAUAUUUAUAAUCUAUAUAAUAUCUAACGCUUACAGAACCCCUAAAAUACAUUCAACAAUUACCGAUGGUGGAAGCUAUGAUAUUAAACGUCUGGCGAAUUUACCAAAUACAACAAAUCAUAGGAACAUAACAAAAAUCGUGAUUUUCACACAUUGGAGAAGUGGAUCAACUUUCGUCUCUGAAUUAUUUUCGCAGCAUCCAGAUGUAUUUUACAUGUUUGAGCCACUGCGUGCUUGGGACUGCUUAAAACACUGCGAUCAUCCCAAAGACAAUACCAUAAUACAAAAUACAUAUAUAAAAGACAUAUUGAAUUGUGAUUUUGAUAAGAAUGACUUCUUGUCAAGGUUGAAAGAUCAUGAAGAAUUCAAAUGGGAGGUAACUUUUCGUGGUGUUGAUGACUUUGAAAGUAUUCCACACCAGUGUGCCAGUAAAAAGAUAAAAGCGAUAAAAGUAAUCCGUGCAGAGUCAUUGGAGCGUGUUGCUGGUGUUCUAGGCAGUGACACUGCUUUGUUCUUCUUGAUCAGAGAUCCUAGGGGUGUUCUAAAUUCGAGGAAACAUCUUCCUGAUACAUUUACUAAUAUGACUAACAAAGUUAGAAAAAUUAAAGUUUUAUGCGAGAACAAUUUAGAAAAUUAUGAAUUUAUACAGCGGUUCUCUAGAAAAUCAGCAUCUCAAUUACGUAAUAUGCCCUUAAUAAAACUGAUACAGUAUGAGCACAUUGCUUAUGAUCCAUUAAGCAAUGCAAAAAAGUUGUAUGAGUUUAUCAAUAUUCCAUUUCAUGAUAGAGUUGCCGAUUGGAUAAUGAAAAAUACAUUGUCGGGAAGUAAACCUAGACCUUAUGGCACUAAACGCAAUUCAAAGAAGGUCCCAAACAAAUGGCGGACUGGUUUAACCAAGGAAGAAAUACAUAUGGUUCAUAGUAUCCAAGCUUGUGCCAGGGUCAUUGAACUUUUGGGAUUAUAAUUGGCAGUACAAAGAAAAAAAAAAUUUGUAUCCAGUAACAGACUGCAACUUAGGAUACAAUUACAGGUCGCGCAAAACAGGGGACAAUUGGCGUAACAUUAUGGCGUCGAAAUGCCGGAACAAAACAAUGGGCAAAACAUGAAAUGUUAACAUCAAACACGACAGGCGUUACAUUUUGUCAAGUUUAGUCAACCUAAAAAUAAAAUGCUUUAUCCUUAUUCAAUCCUGAUACGAUUCACAGAGCAACAGGAUCUCGAGGUCAAUAUUUCUAAAAUGUCUUUGAAUUUUGAAAAAACGGUAAGGAGAUUUACUUGAAGCGGUCAAAACUGAUAUGCAAGGAAUUUGACGUGAAAAAUGGAUGCGUUAAAUUUUAUCAAGUCUCGUAAAUCAGCUCUUAUUUUAAUAUUAUUUGUAAAAUCUGUGAUGCGGUUAUUGUUUUGUACAUUUCGCAAGGACAACAUGAGCAAUUAAUCUUCUAUUCAAAUCAGACCUCAAUUAGAAGGUCAAAUAAAGGUAAACUUCUCGCUCAUCCCCUUCGCCUUCAAAACCUUACAAUUUUGAAGAUUUUAAAAACGUCCACAUAGGAAAAUUCGAAUUGUGAUCGUUAUGACGUCGUAAAGCAAAUGGUGCAUUGAACAGAGCAAAAUGUGACAUUUAGUGGUGUUUUGAUCAUUAUUUCAAAACUUAUCCCAAUUUAAUGCAAGGGUAAAUUGUUAUGUCUUCCAACGUAUUUUGCGAUGUCGAGAUAUAUUUAGCCUUAAAAAUAUGGUAGAUCACAUCAAAUUUGGCUAGGAACAUAAAGAAUGCUUUAAAGUGAUAUAUGAGUCACGUAAUUAGCUUUUUGACAAGGCGGGAACUAACACUUUUAAAAUGUGACAUUAGCCCGUAUUCUCGAAUUGUCCCUAGGUCCGCGCACGUCAUAAUUGCAUUUCAGAUCAAUUAAAAUAUUUUGAUGGUGAUAAUGUUGAAUUCAUGUUAUAUAAACACCACAUACUAGAUUUAGUAUAUAAACAAUGUUAAACAUGACGCAAUUAACAUGCUCAUUUGUUAAACAUCUAUUUUGCAAUUGAACAGAAUGCUAUUAUAUGAAUAAAUUCUCU